AGUGAGGAAGCAGGAAUGACGGACAUGGGAAUUUAGCAAAUAUAUACAUCAAACGAUUUUAAGAUAAAAAGAUUACCAUAACAAAAGUACUUUUCGAUUUACAUUUUUGUUCCCUGACAAUGCAGUCUUAUUUGUAAACCAGCGGUUAUCUUCCUCGUUCUCUUUUAACAGCUUCUCCUCCUCCCCUGUUCUGAUCACCCCAUAAUCUCUCUCUUUUACAUCUAAAUUUUCCAUUCCCCCAUUUCUCCAACAGAUCCGAUACCCGACCCAUAUUCCCAAAUCGGAUCCGGGCCAUCCGAUUUCCUCACCUCUCCAAUGGCGGCAUCACGUCGUCUCCGAGAUCUCCAAUCCCAACCCGGUAACAAAGUCUGUGUCGAUUGUUCUCAGAAGAAUCCACAAUGGGCCUCUGUUUCUUACGGCGUUUUCAUGUGUUUGGAAUGUUCUGGCAAACACCGUGGUCUAGGUGUCCAUAUUUCAUUCGUUAGGUCCGUUACUAUGGACUCAUGGUCCGAGAUCCAGCUCCGGAAAAUGGAGCUGGGCGGUAAUGAAAACUUGAUCAGAUUCAUGAAGUCAUAUGAAAUUUCAAAAGAGACUGAUAUUGUUACGAAAUACAAUUCGAAAGCUGCUUCUGUUUAUCGUGAUAAGAUUCAAUCACUUGCUGAAGGAAAGAUCUGGAAAGAUCCACCUGUUGUAAAAGAAACGUUAACUGGACCCACUAGACCGCCUUUGAGUGGUGGUGGUAGUAAAAGUAGAAAUUCUGGUUGGGAUGAUUGGGAUAAUUUUGAUGAUGGUGGGAAUAGUAAUAGUAAUAGUAAUAUGAAGAGAAAUCAGACAGUGAGUGAUUUUAGGAGUGGUGGAGGUGGUGGUGGUGGGCCUGCAAGGUCGAAGUCUACUGAUGAUGUUACACGAGCACAGUAUGAGGCGUCUGCAGCGAAUAAGGAUAGUUUUUUUGCUAGGAAAAUGGCUGAGAAUGAUUCGCGGCCAGAGGGACUUCCGCCUUCUCAAGGAGGGAAGUAUGUUGGAUUUGGAUCAAGUCCUGCCCCAAUGCCAAGGAAUAAUAAUAAUUACAAUUCACAAGGCGAUGUUUUUUCUGCCGUAACUCAGGGAUUCGGCAGGUUAUCUAUGAUAGCAGCCUCAGCGGCGCAGUCUGCUGCAACUGUUGUUCAAGCAGGGUCCAAGGAGUUUGGCUCUAAGAUGGCAGAGGGUGGUUAUGAUCAGAAGGUGAAUGAAACAGUCAAUGUUGUUGCAACAAAAACAACUGAGAUUGGACAAAAGAGCUGGGGUAUCAUGAAGGGGGUCUUAGCUUUAGCUUCGCAGAAGGUUGAGGAAUUUGCCGAGGGUCCAAACUCGAGGGACAAUAGCUGGAAACGAAGUGAAAAUGAACGAAAUGGCCAUUAUAAGGAAUCCAGUCAGGCAUCUAAAGGAUGGAAUUCUUCUGGAGGAGCGCAAUCGUCUGGUAGGCACAACAAUUCUGUCAGCUCAGCAUCCUGGGAUGAUUGGGAUAGUAAUGACAACAGGAAAGAAAAUUCUACCAGAGGGGCCACAUCCAGUAAUGAUGAUGAUGGCUGGGCUGGUUGGGAUGAUGGUAAGGAUGAUGGAUUUGAUGAUUUCCAAAGUGCACCCAAUAAUAAGCAUGUUGCUCAUGGUGGAAAAUCAGAGUCCAAAUGGACAGAUGGAGGUUUCCUCUAAGAGGAGCAGAUGCAGCAACUUCUUGUAAUUCUUUUCCCUUCCAAAAUUGAUUUCAUCCAAAUUAAUUUCUGGAAGUAGUUCAUCUCUGGAAUUAGUUUAUGUAUGUACCAUUACAAACUGGAGAUCGAUCAAUUGCCUCUCCAUGUAAAAGGAAAAAGGAGUGCAGGAAACAGAACAAACUGUUCGGAGGACCAUUACUUUUUUAACGUUGUAACUUUUAGCUUACAUUUGAAUUUGUUAAUGAUCACAGUUGUAUUUACUAUUC